AUGACACUUGGCAGGGAAUGUAAUCGUCAUCACAAACAUCCUUUUUCGCAUUUCAGCUCUCCAUGUACGACGACGACAACUCUGGAGCCAUCUCAGUCAUUCUUCAAUUCUCAUCAACCAUACAGUACACACCACAAACAACGCUCUCUAAAACAUUCCAUUAUUUCAUUUCUAUUGUUGUUUUACAUCCUGUCAUCAUUCGGUCUCAAUUUCAUCUCUGCGCAAAAGUUUGAUUGCAACGGGAAAACAUUUAAAUUCGUGAGUGUUAUUCCCGAUGAAGAUGAUGCCACAAAUACAUUCAGUGGUGAUAAAUUAAAAACAUCCAUUUCAAGUGGAUUGGAAUAUAUGAAAAUUGCUGGAAUUAUUCCUCCAGGUGUCACUAUUCAAAAUGAUUUUGUUGUCACGAGAGGAAAUGUGAAUCAGGCCAUCGAUAAGAUGAAACAAAUAAUUUUAGUGAAUGGAACAGUAGAAGAGGGUUAUGUGGGAAUUAUUGGAGGAUAUUACAGUUAUGAAUCACUGGCCAUUGCAACUAAUAUUGCUGAGCCAUUUGGAAUUCCAAUGAUUUCCUAUGGAUCUUCUACCUCAACCUUGUCCUAUAAUCGAUGGUUCUACAGAGUAAUUCCAUCGUCUUUCUCAAUGACGGCCGCUAUGGUUGAGUUUUUAUAUUCACUACAUUUUAAUGAAAUUGCAAUUUUGGCUUCUGAUGAAGUUUAUGGAAAAGAUUCUGCAGAAAAUAUCAUUAGAAAUGCAGAUGCAUUAGGUCUUAAUGUCACAAAUGCAUUCUAUUUCAAACCUGGAAAUAUUUCAGAUAUCAAACGUCAAAUUUAUUUGGCAAAAGAAAGUAACACGAAAACGUUUGUCUGUGUAUCAAUAUUAUCGAAUGGUGACGCAGAUACAGUACUUCAAACCAUUCACGAAACCGGUAUGACAGAAAAGGGAUACAUUUGGAUUUUUGAUGAGAGCUUUGCCUAUCAACCUGGAUUAACCAAUAAGAAUUUUACAAUUUCUGAUCUCUUACAAGGAAUGCUCUAUGUAGAGUUGAAUUCUGGUCUGUGGUCCACAGAUUUGUAUUUUAUCACACGAUUCAUGUCUACUUACAAGUAUUCCACCAUUGAGGAAACUUAUUCACAAAUUCAAGCAUUUGAUAGAUUUGCCUAUGACUCUGCUCUCAGUUUUGGUUAUGCCAUUCGUACCAUGUGUCAAGAUGGUCUCGAUCCCAGCAAAGGAGCCUAUCUACUUGCAACCAUUCAAAGAACGUCAUUCAUUGGUGCCAGUGGAAGAGUUUCAUUUGAUAGUUUAGGCGAUCGUCUCGGUGUCUUUUACUCCAUCAAUAGCAUCACUCGUUCAGAGGUAAAAUCAGUGGCUAAAUGGAGUCAAUUAGAUUCCAUUGUUUGGGAUGAAGACUUUUUCAAUAAUCGAACCUUACGAGUGCCAGGAGGAUAUUUGGAACAUUUGCAAAUCUUUAGCAAUUCUCCACUCACAGGCAAUCGAUGGUUCAGCAUUCCCAAUGUGGCACAAAUACCUCCCGAACGAUUUGCUCAUGCAUUGGCUCUUGCCUCCAACAAACUCUAUGUGUAUGGAGGAAAUUCACAAUUAAGCACUGGUUAUUUUGCAGAUUUGUGGGCCUAUGAUUUUAUUACAGGACAGUGGCAUCGAGUGGAUCCUUUGGAUGGUUUUACUCCACCAAAGGGAAGACAAGGUCAUGUCAUGUGGACCAUUCCAGCCACACCAACUAGUGAAGAGAAAUUAAUCAUUUUCGGAGGACGAUCUGCCAGUUAUUCAGAUGACAUGUAUGAAUUUUCAAUUACUAAAUCUCAAUGGAAAUUGAUGAAUGUUUCAAACAAGCCAUUUGCAAGAUUUGAUGCUCGAAUUGCCGAGUUCAAUAAUGAAGUGUACAUGUUUGGAGGUUUAACGUAUAGCGGUGUGAGAGAUGAUUUAUGGAUCUUUAAUAAUGAUCGAUAUGAAUGGAGAAGAAUGACACCAGCAACGAAUCCAUGGCCACCAGCUCGAUAUGCUCAUUGCAUGCAGUCCUAUGUGGUGAAUGGACAGACGAAUAUUUUACUUUUUGGAGGAUUGGGAACACAUGGUGAUGCAUUGGCAGAUAUUUGGAGUUUUAACACUAGUUCACAAACUUGGACGUUAUUGAAUCAAACUGGAGAUAUUCAGGGUCCAAUAUUUGACAUGGGAUGUGCAACCACAGACAAAUAUUUGUAUGUCUUUCAUGGUAAAACUUCAAGACUCAAUCAACAAUCUCUCUUUCGUAAAAUCAUUCGAGCAGAUCUUCCCUCUUCAAAUUCAAACACCGUUCGGUGGAAAGUAGUGAAAGAUAAUCUACCUAAUCCUAGAUCUAAUUCUCAAGUUGUUUCCUUCUCUAAUUACAUUAUUUACUUUGGAGGAUUUGGACUCGAUUAUGAUUUUAAUGAUUUAUAUUCCUUUAAUGUACUAAGUACGAGUCUUGUGAAAGUGAAUCGAGAUUUUAGAUCUCCACCUGCCUUGUAUGCACAUACCAUGUCCACACUUGGAGAUUCUGUGUAUUUGUUUGGAGGAUUUACGAGUGAUGAUGUUGCAUCGGAUGCUCUCUAUCGAUAUUCCAUUUCAAAAGAGAGUUGGUCUUUUGUGGAAACUUCUGUUCGACCUCAUGCUCGAGCAUUUCACACGCAAAUUACACUAGGUGAUAGAAUUUGGGUGUUUGGUGGUGCUGAUUCAACCUUUAAAACGUAUUCAGAUUUAUGGACCUAUUCCAUGGAUGAAACAGCAUGGGUCUUGUUGACACCCACGAAAGGAUCUCUCUCACCUGGACCACGAUACAAACAUACCAUGGCCAAGAAUACCACUCAUUUGUUUAUCUUUGGAGGAAGAACACAAUCCAAUCAAUACACGGAUUUAUGGACCUAUGAAGCAGAAACCAAGGUAUGGUCGAAAAUCAAAGUACAAAUUCCAACAUCAUACACCAUUGGAUGUACUGCAAAAUUAUACGAAGAAUCAGAGACUAGUAGUUAUCAAACUAUUUUACUUUUUGGGUGUCACGAUUUCUCAGAGACCCCCACUACCAAUAUUUACAAAUUAGAAUUCAUUGAUAAGAAUAGUGACAUGGUUAAAUAUUCCAUGGCAGGAAAUUAUUCCACAGGUUCCAUAUUACCUCGUUCUGGAUCCAUCACGAUCAAAGUUUCAGGCUAUCGUGCCAUUAUCUUUGGUGGACGAGUUGGAAAUGAACUCUAUCGCGAUGUCUUGUUAUUUGAUGCAAAAACACAAUCACUCACAAGAAUUGAUCCUCCCUACACGGAGCACACAUUACCUCCACCGAGAGCCUAUCAUUCUUAUUCACUGGUUGGAAAUAGCAUUUAUGUUUUUGGAGGUGUGGGUAGUCCAUAUGCCACUCGAUACAUGCUUCCUUCGAUUCGAUAUGGAGAUUUAUUCAAAUACAAUGUUGAGAAUGUGUGUAGUAGUGAUAAGGAGGCACAACAACAAGAAACAAGGUGCUACUUGUGUGGACCAGGAACCUAUCAAGUGAAUAAGGCCUGUGAAUUUUGUCCACCUGGAACUUUUUAUGAUAAAUUUGGGGCCUCUGGACGUUGCAUGGAUUGUCCGAAAGGAUUUUUCAAUAGUUUGAUUGGAGCCAAUCACAUUCAAUUCUGUCUUCCAUGUGCAUAUGGAACGUUUAACAAUCUUACAGGCCAAGCCAAAUGUUUACCUUGUCCUGAAGGUUCAAUUUGUCAAUUGGGUUCUAUUGAACCAAUUUUCAACAAUUCAAGAAGUGUGAAAAGAAUUUCUCAACAACCCAUUUCAUAUUCAUCGAGAGAGAUGGAAAAUUCUCAAGUCAUUAAGAUUGAAGCGAGUGUAUUAGCUUCAAUCACAGCAGCAAUUAUUGUGAUUGCUUUUAUCAUGUGGAGAGUAUUUAACUUUCCAAGAACGGAAUGGUUGAAACGUAUGGACUUUUUCUUUACAGAGAGACAUAAUCGAUUGAUGGGAACGAUGAUUAAGAGAAGAACUAUUGUGGGAGCUUGUUACAGUUUUGUCGUGUUAGUUGCUUUCUUAGCUUAUUUGAUUGGUACAAUUGUUCCAUACUAUAAUUAUGGAAAUUAUGUGGAGAAUAGAAGUUUAAUUCCCAACUUGGCUGUCUCUGAGGAAUUUUAUGCCGAUGUUUCAGUAGAAGUUCGAAUUUUAGGAUUCAAAGUGACAUCCAUCAUGUGUCGAGAUGAAUUAUCUGAAAAUGAAAUUAGCGCCUGUGUGAUUACUCUCUCUUGUUCUAAAUGUGCCAUUGCAAAAGAUAAGAAGAUGGCUGCUGUGAAUUUCAAAGUUGGUGGUACAAAUGUGUUUUCGAAUGGUUAUGAUUAUAAGGUGAAUGUUUCUUCUGCUUAUAUUGAUGUAUAUGCAAUGCAAAAACCACCUCAGAGAUCAGUUGUCAUAGGAUCUGUCUUCUCAGAAGUAGAUCAAUUCUUUAGAGGAACAACCAAUCCAACGGUUGUCUCUCUUCAACUGUUUCAAAACAAGUACACAAUUCCAAUUGAAAAUACAAAGAAAACUGGUUACGUUAUUGAAUACUCUUCUGAAACACAAGGUGACCAAGUGGACUUUAAGACAUUCAGUCAUGAAAAUGGAGUCUAUUUCAAAAUUGAAUUCGAAAAGGCCUCUACCACUCUAGAAGUAGUUUUAUCAGAAAAGAAAAUAGUUCUCGUCUUUUUGACUGAUUUAUUAGCAUCUCUUUCUGGUAUUUUCUCAUUGACAGCUCUAUGCAUGUCAUGUACAGAAUUUGUAAUCUUCCACUACAAGAGAAUUAUGGCAAAUUUGUCCAGUUUCAGAAAAAAACAUAGUGUUAAACGAUAUGCUCCAGGUGAAAUUUUAGAUGAAGUCAUUCUUCAGGGAACAGAAUUUAAGAGAAUGAAGGCAGACCUUAAAUCACAAGAUCAUGAAUUCUAUGACGAUGUCACAGUAGCAAAGAUUUAUCACAAGAAAGGUACUCGAAGAAAUGUCGUAUUUAUUCCACCCAAUGCUCUUGAAGAUGAAGAACUGAUAGAAUCCAAUAAUGCUGCCAGAAUAUCUUCUCAACCUCCCUCGACAGAGACGUAUCUUGAAAUGAGUGAACACUAUGAACCUCCAAAUGUUGUAUGUGCAUCCAACAUGAUUCUUUCAUCCUCAACAACAACAACCUCUGCUUCAAAAUUGAGAGGAAAUGAAUCGAAUCUCAUUAAUGAACCAUUUUUACAUCAUUCAAGACAACAAGACAGUCAUCACUUCCGUUUGUUGGAUGAUGAUGAAUAUGAUACCUUGGACACACCACCUCUGUCCUCUUCCACUAUUGCUACUACUCCUUAUUUUAGAAGUGAACAAUAG